AUGAGAAUCCAUCCAGGUCAUCUACCUACGGCCUCCCUCGUCUCCGGUCUUCUUGACUCUGUCUUGACACCGGGCUCAGGUGGGGAAGGAGAGAGUGUGGUAGAUGCAGCACAAAUCUACCGACACUAUAAACCCCUAAGCAUGUCACUGUCCCAGCUCCCACCCUGCUUCGGGGCAUACGGUGGACAUCGGCGAACUAGACGGUCGAACUAUCGUGUGUGUGUGUGUGUGUUUGCCGGGGUGUAGGGGUGUCAGCGGUGGAUUCACGUGAUGGUCGUAGUGGUCGCUCACUUGCUUGCAGGUGAGACUACGCCUGGCGUCCAUUUUCUGACACCCAACUCUCACCUGUGGCUCCACGUAGCUGGGCUCUGCUCAAUGGCCACACCGCCCGCAACCGCCCCGACCGGCGGGCUAAACCAGGUGAGGGUAUCCUUGCGCGUGCCUGCUCACACGGUAUUGUUGUCUCCGCUGGCCGGAUGGAUCUUCGCGUCGACAUCGUCGAGGCGAGGCUCUGCCUGGACCAUCGCAGUGAUUUUUCAGGGAAGUGAAUUUCCUUUGUUCCUUUCUUUGUCUGUUUAAGUUUCGUGUUGUAUGCUGCUCCUGUUGCCUGCUCUCUAUAUGUUAGUCCUUGCCUCUGUCUGUUAAUAGCUAAAUGAAAACUGUGCUUUAUCUCGACUGAUGUUAUUCCUAACUUGUCGCACUCCCCUUCCUAUUUGCCUGCUUAAUUACUGCUGAAUGUCGCUGUUGAUGUCUGCUGCGACUGUUUUUCUGUCUGUCAUUCUAUGGCUCUCUGCUAACAGUUAGGUGUUACUGUCACUUCUGCUUCUGACUAAUGAAUGUAUUUGAUUGUCCAUUCCAGUUGUAAGUUCCGUAGCAUACUGUUGGUGUGUUUGUCCUCUCCUACUUAACUCCACCACAUCACCACCAAGGUCCCAGACUAACUCGGGUCGUUCACUCACUAACAAAAAGUCGUGGCUCAUAGUGGAGACCGGCAGUCGUCUGCGAUAACCGGGCAGCCCUAUUUAGGGGUUGCGCUGGCUGCCCUCGCGGGGGGAGGGGGCUAGAAAGGGUGCCCAAAAAUUGCUGGGAACCACGCUGACUGUAGGCUGGCCGUGGCCGCAGACAAAACACACACCAUCGAAACAGCCAAAACCGAGACAACAACAACAAUCUCUCUCUUUCUUGUCCAGCCUAUUCUCCUUCUUUCCCUAGUCGUAGUUUUCGCCGCCGCAAUCGCCAGACUGGCAGGGGGAAUUCGCUCACUCUGGCAACCUGGAAUGUUCGUUUCCUGUUAGGCAAUCCAAGGAGCAACCGACCGGAACGGAGGGCGGCGCUAGUGGCACGGGAACUUGCGCGCUACAAGGUGGACAUCGCCGCACUCAGCGAGACCCGAUUCUCCGAACAAGGCCAACGGACGGAGGUGGGUGCCGGUUACACCUUCAUUUGGAGUGGUCGGCCCAGGGCAGAGCGACGAGACGCGGGUGUCGCCUUCGCCACCCUUAAUGACAUCGUGGAACGACUACCCAGUCUGCCGCAGGGCAUCAACGAUCGCCUGACGAGCCUCAGUCUGCUUCUCUGGGAAGGCAAAUUCGCCCCCCAUCAUCAGCGCCUACGCUCCGCCGAUGAGCAGGCCCCGACGCCGCCGCCACAAGAGACAAAUUCUAUGAGGACCUGCACGCCCUCUUGGCGACUGUGUCGAAUGCGGACAACUUGGUUGUCAUUGCCGACUUCAACGUCCGCGUCGGCAAAGACCAUACUGCCUGGAGAGGAGUGCUGGGUCCCAAUGGUUUUCCUGGCUCAAACAACAAUGGACUGCUGCUUCUCCGCACUUGCGUAGAACACCGGCUCAUCCUGACGAACACGUUCUUCUGUCGGCCGGAUCGACAAAAGGCCGCCUGGAGGCAUCCUCGGUCGCGUCAGUGGCACCUGCUGGACUAUCUCCUCGUCCGGAGGCGAGAUCAGUGAGGCGUGCUGGUGAAAAAGGCGAUCGCGGGAGCUGACGGGUGGGCCGACCAUCGCCUCGUCAUUUCGAAUAUGCCUAUUCGCCUACAGCCUCACAGGAGACCACAAGGUAAGCGACCCCAAGGUAAGCUGAAUAUUGCGUUGUUGUUUUUGCCCGCUCAUCAUCUCCAUUUCAGCAAUGAACUAGCUCAAAGGCUAGCCAACCUUCCUAUCGCUGCCGACGCCGCCGCUGCCGAGAACGCCUCCGUGGUGAACCGCUGGUGUCAACUGCGAGACACGGUUCAGUCGACGGCGUUCGCUGUCCUCGGUCGCGCUCCCCGCCAACAGCAGGACUGGUUCGACGACAACGACGCCGCCAUCAGAAAUCCGCUAGCUGAGAAGAACCGCCUACACAAAGCCUACGUAACUCACCCCACUGAUGCCACCAAAGCUGCCUUCUACCGCAGUCGCCGCCAACUUCAGCAACGACUGCGCGGGAUGCAGGACGCCUGGACUACUUGCAAAGCUAAGGAGAUCCAAGGGUACGCGGACCGCAACGAAUGGAAGAACUUCUCUGCGAUCAAAGCUGUCUACGGACCGCCGACAAGGAGAACUGCUGCUCUCCUCAGCGCCGGCGGAGGCACCCUCCUGACUGAGAAGACACAAAAUCUACGGCGAUGGGCCGAGCAUUUUCGAGGCGUCCUCAAUUGCCCCUCCGCCAUCUCUGACGCCGCCAUCGACCGCCUGUCGCAAGUGGAGACAAACGUGGACCUCGACUUCCCGCCAUCUCGCCCAGAGACCAUCAGGGCCGUGCAGCAGCCCUCCAGCGGGAAAGCACCCGGAUCCGACGCGAUCCCUGCUGAGGUCUACAAACACGGAGGUCCCCAACUGAUGGAUCACCUGACUGCGCUCUUCCAAGAGAUGUGGCGUCAAGGUGAAGUUCCGCAAGAUUUCGAGAACGCAAUCAUCGUGCAUCUCCACAAGCGAAAAGGGGACCGCCAAGUCUGCGAAAAUCUCCGCGGCAUCUCCUUACUGAACAUCGCCAGGAAGAUCGUCGCUCGCAUCCUCCUCAAUCGUCUGAAUAAUCGUCUGGAACAGGACCUUCUACCGGAAAAUCAAUGCAGCUUCCAUCGUCAUCGCGGGACCACAGAUAUGAUCUUUGCCGCCCGCCAACUACAGGAGAAGUGCCAGGAGAUGCGGACCCACCUGUACUCUACCUUCGUGGACCUGAAAAAAUUCUUCGACACGGUGAAUCGUGAAGGACUGUGGAUGAUCAUGCAGAAAUUCGAUUGUCCGGAGCGAUUCACUCAGAUAGCGCGUCAGCUGCACGACGGUAUGAUGACGCGAGUCACGGACAACGGAGCUGUCUGAGAGGCAUUCGCAGUGACCAACGGAGUGAAGCAGCGAUGCGUCCUGGCGCCUACCCUCUUCAGUUUUAUGUUAUCUGCCAUGCUGAUGAACGCCUACCGCGACGAACGCUCCGGGAUCCGCAUCGCCUACAGGACGGACGGUUACCUUUUUAAUCAACGACGGAUGCACUUCCAAUAGCGCGUAUCCACAACCACCGUUCACGGACUUCUCUUCGCCGAAGACUGCGCCCUGAACACCACCUCGGAAGAGGAGACGCAACGGAGCAUGAACCUGUUUUCCGCCGCCUGCGAGAGCUUCGGUCUGGCCAUCAAAGCGCAGAAGAUGGUGGUCAUGCAUCAACCGCCACUCCCCCCAACACGCCACAAAUUAGCGUGAACGGAACCCAACAGCAAGUGGUGGAUAACCUCCCGUACCUGGGCAGCACCCUCGCCCGUAACACCAAAAUCGAUGACAAAGUCGCUCGCAGGAUCUCGAAAGCCAGUCAAGCAUUCCGCCGCCUCCAAAGCACACUUUGGAAUCGUCAUGGUCUCCAACUUAGCACGAAGCUGAAGAUGUACAAGGCCGUCAUCCUGCCGACGCCGCUGUAUGGAGUGGAGACUUGGACAGUGUACACAAAGCAGGCACGCUGUCUGAAACACUUCCACCUCAGUUGUCUCCGUCGAAUCCUGAGGCUGAGCUGGCAGGACCGCAUCCCCGACACUGAUGUACUGGAGCGGACGGGAAACCUCGGCAUCUACACCAUGCUGAGACAAAUGCAGCUGCGCUGGAGCGGCCACCUGGUGCGCACGAACGACGAGCGACUACCCAAACGACUCUUCUACGGAGACGUCGCGAGGGAUUCUCGCCGUCAAGGAGGCCAAAUUCGUCGAUACAAGGAUACCCUGAAGGCCUCCCUGAAGCACCUGCAAAUCAACCCGACCAACUGGUUAGAGCUCGCCCGCGAUCGCCCGACCUGGAGGAGAACAGUGAAGACGGACGCUGUUAUCUACGCGGCCAACCGCAUCGCCGCCGCCAAAGCGAAACGCGAAGCCCGCAAAUAA